UCGCGAGCGGCCUCUUUCCCUGGAUGCUGUAUACCUUCGCCCUCGCCAGCGAUGGAGAGGCAGCCCGAGGAGCAAGCCGAGACCGCGGACAACGGAGGGGCAGGCGAGGCAGGCGGGCCGCCCCAGGCCGCCGGCGGCCAGCAGGCCCGCAGCGAGGACCGCAUGACCCUGCUACUAAGGCUGAGGGCACAGACAAAACAACAACUCUUAGAAUAUAAAUCGAUGGUUGAUGCAAAUGAAGAAAAAUCUCCAGAACAAAUCAUGCAAGAAAAGCAAAUUGAAGCCCAAAUUGAAGACCUGGAAAAUGAAAUCGAAGGGGUAAAAAUUGCUUUUGAAAUGAAAAAUCUUGCAUUGAACAGGGUGAGGUUUUCAACUGCACUUAUAAAAAACCUGGAGAAAAAUAACACUAAGAGCAGUGUGCUCAUGGAUAACAUGAAACAAGUAUUAAAGCUAAAUAAGUUAAUAAUGAAAUUACAGCAGGAAUCUUGGGAUUUAGAAGAAAAACUGGUUGAUGUUAGAAAGAAGAGAUUGCAAUUAAAACAAGCUUCAGAAAGUAAGCUUUUAGAAAUACAAAUGGAAAAGAACAAACAGAAAAAUGAGGUGGACAGUAUGGAAAAUUCAGACAAAGUAAAGACCAUACAACAAAACCUACAGAUGGAGAUAAAAAUUACUACAGUUGUUCAACAUGUGUUCCAGAACAUCAUUUUGGGGAGUAAAGUCAAUUGGGCAGAGAAUUCAGCACUUAAGGAAAUUGUUCUGCAGCUUGAGAAGAAUCUCACCAUGAUCUAAUAAGAAUUCUAUUUUGACAUGUUUCAUUUUUGUUUUUGAUAGGUAAUUUAAACAGCAAAUGUCAAGUGAAAUUGAUUUUCAGUGUUUUUGGAACUAUUCUAAAACUGCAAAGUUUUUUAGCUUAAUUAAUUUUUAGCUAAUUAAUUAACAUAGAAUCUAUUGGUUUAAAUAUGAUAAUUAAAAUGACUGGCAUACGCUAAAAGAAUCUAAAAAUCUUAACCUUGGAAGAGUCCAGAAAGACAUCUAAUUCAGCUUUCCAUUGACUGUGGACAUUUCUUCUACAUUUCUGGCAGUUUUAACGCUUAUGUGGAACAUUUCUGUGCAUUUGUUUGUCAACCAUAAUUUUAGAAAAGCAUAUCCAAUGGGUUAUUUGUAGUGGGAUUGAGAAUGACUUUUCAUUCUAUAUUUUCAUAUUUAGUAUGCAUUAGUAUUUUUUGCAUUAGUUUUAUAAGUUGAGAAAUAAAAGGAAUAAGUGUUAUUCUGUCUUUGUUACUAUAAAAUAG